AUGAGAAGAGUUGCAUGGAGAAUUGGCAAUGGUGAGUUUGUUAGUUCCAUUAGGGACAAUUGGAUUAUCUCAUCAAAUUUUAUGAAGCCGACGGGCUUUUCUAAUGUGCAGGAGGGCUGCAAGGUGAGUUUUUAUCUUACUUCACAUGGUGACUGGGAUAUCGAGAAGCUUCAGCAUUGUUUCUCCCCUGCUGAUGUGUCCAACGUAAUUAAAAUCUCAAUUAGCAGAAACUUACUGCCAGAUAAGUUGUUUUGGUCUCUGAAUAGAAACGACUUUUAUUCGGUGAAGUGGGGUUAUUAUCAAGCUUUCAAGGUAAUAAGUAGAAACUCUGCGUCUUCAUCAUCUACAUCUACUGGUGAUGGUCUUCGGAAGAGGAUUUGGCGAGUUUCUGUUCACCACUUCUUGUGGCGGAUUCUUCACGAGUCUCUCCCUUGCAACGCUAACCUCGCUCGAUGGGUCCCUGAUUUUUCGAAUCUCUACCCAAGAUGUUGUGAGGUAGCGGAAUCACAAAUGCAUGCUCUUAAGGAUUGCGAGAUAGUUAGAGGUUUGUGGUUGGUUUCUCCUUUAAACAUUCGUGUUGAUAUAGUUUCCAAUGCCAUAAGAUGA